GCCUCGCGCUCCGGGCUGCUCCAAUAGCAGCGAGGUCGCGAUCACAGGCCCCGCCCUGCCGCCCCGGCCCGUUUCCCUUCCCCACGGGAGUCACCUUUGCCUUACAAACGCUCGGCCCCGCCCUCUUCCUACCUUGCCGCGCUCGGCCCCGCCCCUCGCUGGCUCGACCAAUAAUCGGGUGGGUCUAGAGGCACUGGGCGGGCCCGCAGCCAAUGCGCACGCCGUGGGCGGGCCCCCGGCCGGAAUUGGGGGUGAAGCCACCGCGUUCUGCCCACAUUCGGGGCGCGGAGCUGGGGGUCCCCGGGGGGCGCCCGCAGUUAAGAUGGCGUCUGCAGCGGACGGGGACGUGGGAGAGGCUCUGGAGCAGAUGCGGGGGCUGUGGCCGGGUGUCGAGGAUCUGAGCCUUAACAAGUUGGCGUCGUCCCUGGGCGCGUCGGAACAGGCGCUGCGGCUCAUCAUCUCCAUCUUCCUGGGCUACCCGUUGGCUCUGUUUUAUCGGCAUUACCUUUUCUACAAAGACUGCUACCUCAUCCACCUCUUCCAUGCUUUUACAGGCCUCUCCAUUGCUUAUUUCAACUUCGGGCACCAGUUCUACCACUCCUUGCUGUGUGUCGUGCUUCAGUUCCUCAUCCUGCGACUCAUGGGCCGCACCGCCACUGCCGUCCUCACUACCUUCUGCUUCCAGAUGGCCUACCUUCUCGCCGGCUAUUACUACACAGCCACGGGGGACUAUGAUAUCAAGUGGACAAUGCCACAUUGUGUCCUGACGUUGAAGCUCAUUGGUCUGUCUAUUGACUACUAUGAUGGAGGCAAAGACAGGGAUUCCCUGUCCUCUGAGCAACAGAAGUAUGCCAUUCGGGGUGUCCCUUCCCUGCUGGAGGUUGCUGGCUUCUCCUACUUCUAUGGAGCCUUCUUGGUAGGGCCUCAGUUCUCGAUGAACCACUACAUGAAGCUGGUACAGGGGCAGCUGACUGACACACCAGGGAAGGUACCAAACAGCACCAUACCUGCUCUCAAGCGCCUGAGUCUGGGCCUCGUCUACCUGGUGGGCUACACCCUGCUGAGCCCCCACAUCACAGACGACUAUCUUCUCUCUGAAGACUAUGAUCACCGCCCUUUCUGGUUCCGCUGCAUGUACAUGCUGGUCUGGGGCAAAUUUGUGCUGUACAAAUACGUCACCUGUUGGCUGGUCACAGAAGGAGUGUGCAUUUUGUCGGGGCUGGGCUUUAAUGGCUUUGAAGAGAACGAGAAAGCAAAAUGGGACGCGUGUGCCAACAUGAAGGUGUGGCUCUUCGAAACAACUCCUCGCUUCAAUGGCACCAUCGCCUCCUUCAACACCAACACCAAUGCCUGGGUAGCCCGUUACAUCUUCAAACGCCUCAAGUUUCUUGGAAAUAAAGAACUCUCACAGGGUCUCUCCUUGCUGUUCUUGGCUCUCUGGCACGGCCUACACUCAGGAUACCUGAUUUGCUUCCAGAUGGAAUUCCUCAUUGUUAUUGUGGAAAAGCAGGCCGCCAACCUAAUUCGGGAGAGCCCCACCCUGAGCAGCCUGGCUUCCAUCACUGCCCUGCAGCCCAUCUACUACUUGGUGCAGCAGACCAUCCACUGGCUCUUCAUGGGCUACUCCAUGACCGCCUUCUGUCUCUUCACAUGGGACAAAUGGCUUAAGGUGUACAGAUCCAUCUACUUCCUUGGACACACCUUCUUCUUGAGCCUACUAUUCAUAUUGCCUUACAUUCACAAAGCAAUGGUGCCAAGAAAAGAGAAGUUGAAAAAACGGGAAUAACGCAUUUCCCUGGUGGCCGAGAGCUGGACUGGUGCAGAAACUACUUGUCUCCCUUCUCACAGCACUCCUCGCCCCGAGCAGAUGCCAGGAGCUGGAAGUCACAGCCCUCCCGGCUGCGCCUCUGCUACAGCCAAGUCUUCACCAGGCCAAAGGGGAAGCUCUUGUGGGAGGAGCAGAGGGGCUGCACCCCCUUUGGACUCCCCCAUGCACGUUGCCUUAUCUCUUCCCUCUAGCCAGGAACCUAUUGUGUCUCUCCUCUGCCAAUCUACUACGAUUGUAUAUGUGCCGAUACCGCCGCCCCCCCAUGGGGGGAGGGAAGGGUACAAGGCCCUGCCUGCUCCAUUUUUCUAUCUUGGAACUAUACCAGAUAAAAUCACUUCUGUUGUUCAGUUUUUCA